AUUCGAUUCAUCUUAAUUCAGAACCGAGCUGGAAAAACAAGACUUGCCAAGUGGUAUAUGCAUUUUGAUGAUGAUGAAAAACAAAAACUUAUUGAGGAGGUCCAUGCAGUCGUUACAGUUAGAGACACAAAGCACACAAACUUUGUGGAGUUUCGUAACUUCAAGAUAGUUUAUCGUCGUUACGCUGGACUGUACUUCUGCAUCUGUGUGGAUGUUAGUGAUAACAACCUGGUCUACUUGGAGGCCAUUCACAAUUUCGUGGAAGUGCUGAACGAGUUUUUCCACAAUGUUUGUGAACUGGAUCUAGUCUUCAAUUUUUACAAGGUGUACAGCGUUGUGGAUGAGAUGUUUUUGGCUGGAGAGAUCCGAGAAACAAGCCAGACUAAAGUACUCAAACAGCUUCUCAUGCUUUCUUCUCUAGAAUGA